AGAAUGUACUUGAAGAUUUUUCCUGUAUACAUUGACAACACCCAUCAUUUAUUCAAUAGUAGUGAGGUUCUACGUAUUCGAGGCUUGUUCACAAGAUGGGAGAUUUGUGAUCUUAAAAUUUUUGGACCUUAUGAGGUUCUCAACUUCAUUCUGUUGGACCCUUAUGAAGAUGCGGACCUCUCCUCUUCAAAAUCUGGUAUUAGCAAGGUAGCACUGAUUGGCAUUGCACUUGGGACGAUUGCAGGUGCAGUUACAUUAUCUGCAAUUGUAUCACUUCUUAUAUUGAGAUUGAAUACGAGAAAACGCCAUACAUCUUCAAGAAGACAUCUAUGUGAGUACCUUACGGUUACCAUUAUCUGA